UUUCUUUUGCCAAGUAUGGGCUCUACCUUUCCUACUUUAUUUAUUAAACUAUUUCUUUUACUUUCUUUAUUCAAUUUUAUAUUCAGAUACUUCAAUGUGAUUGGUUCCGACCCUGAGGGAAGACUAGGAGAAGCUCCCCGUCCGGAACUGCGCGAGCAUGGAAGAAUAUCUGGUGCUUGUUUUGAUGCGGCACGUGGCAUCAUCUCUGGGCUUAAGGUUAGAGGAACGGAUUAUAAGACUCCGGACGGCACAUGCAUACGGGAUUAUAUUGAUGUCACCGAUCUUGUUGAUGCUCAUGUGAAAGCUCUGGAAAAGGCAAAACCACGGCAUGUUGGCAUAUACAACGUUGGUACAGGAAGAGGUCGAUCUGUCAAUGAGUUUGUGGAGGCUUGUAAGAAGGCAACUGGGGUGCCCAUUAAAGUCGACUUUCUUCCACGUAGGCCUGGUGAUUAUGCAGAAGUAUACAGUGAUCCGACCAAGAUCAGGGACGAGUUGAACUGGACAGCAAAACAUACCGAUCUUCAAAAGAGUUUGCAGAUCGCUUGGAGAUGGCAGAAGGCACAUCUCAAUGGGUACGGAACUCCUCAGGUGUCGUCAGCAUAGAUGUUUAUGCAGUCAGCGUUCAUUGUGGACGACUAACAUAGAACCCCAUUUUACUGCCUAUUUUUGCCCAGUUCUAUUAGCACCUAGGGGAGGAGAUUGAGGGCAGGGGAUUUUAUGUUUAUUCUUUAAACUAUCUAUAUUCAAGUUUAACCAUAUGGCUCUUAGAGUUCGUAGGAAGCAGCCAGUAAUAUAUGUAUUCGACACAUAUAUGUAGGCAAUAUUAGUUGCUAAUGAGGUAUUAUUGAUUUGUUAUUGUUUCCUCUAAUUUUUUCCAAGAAAGUUUGAAUCAGGAGAUGCUGAUA